AUGUCUCCCCGCCCAGAAGCCGACGGCAUGACAGCGGCCACCUCAACAUCACCACCAGCACAACACUCGACACCGCCGAGAUCCAAAUCACCUUCGCCGCCCGACCAACCGCCCCCGCCGCCGGACCCGGCCACCGAUAUCCAUUUUUCCACCGUCGAGCAUACACAAACGUCGUCGCCGCCGCUGUCGUCCCCGCGCACCGAACAGCAACUACUGGACGAGCUGGACGAUGAUAUUUUUAGCAUACCACCCGCCGCAGCCAUGCGUCUGCUCGGCUCCAGCAUCGAGGCCUUGGUCCAGUCCACCGGUGACAUACCGCCCAGCCCCGCUCCCGAGAGACCCGAGGCCCCCCGAAUGCGCGGAAUGGAGGCGGAGAAGCAGGACAUUGUGCGCUCGCACUCGGCAAGAACGCUGGUGCGGCUGCGGCUCGAGGCGGAGGCCAAGGCGCAACGGGCCGCCGAGGCGAGGGAGAAUAGCCGGGCUGCGACGCAGCAGGAAGGGAGAGGCAUCGACGGCGUCAUGCUGCGGGACGCGCAGCCAGGGACCAGCAGCGGCGGCGGCGACGGGGGCGGCGCCCACCCGCCCCCAUCGACGCCCGAGCCGUACACGGUGGUGGGGGACAACGCGCAGCCGGUGAACGUGCAGCACAGCGUCAUCACGCGCAAGUUCUACUCCAAGAAGCCGCCGCCCAUCGGCAUCGCCGACUAUCUGGCGCGGCUGCACCGCUUCUGCCCGGCGUCGACGGGCGUGUACCUGGCGACGUCGCUGUACCUGCACCGGCUGGCGGUGGACGAGCGCGCCAUCGCCGUGACGCGGCGUAACGCGCACCGGCUGCUCCUGGCCGGCCUGCGGGUGGCCAACAAGGCGCUCGAGGACCGUUGCUACUCGCAUAGACGGUUUGCGCAGGUCGGCGGAGUCACGGCGUCGGAGCUGGCCCGGCUCGAAAUUAGCUUCUGUUUCCUAGCCAGUUUUGAGCUGGUCGUCGGCCAGGACCAGAUGAGGAGGCAUUGGAACGUCAUGCGUAAGCCGCCGGACCCGCGUAUGAGUCCCAGCGGCAGUGGGUUUUUGCUGGGAGGUGGGUACAUUGAGGAUGGCUCUCAGACUACUGCCGCUGACGCGGACGAAGGCCGCGGUGGCCUGGAGAUGAACCUUUCUAGGAGGCCCAAGGCGUCAUCAGGCGACAGUGAGGUGUGA